UUGCACUAAAUCAUUUUUAGGAAAUUAACAAAAUGGGUGUCAAAGUUGGGAUACUGCUUGUUACGCUCUUAUCUGGGAGCUUUGCGGUCCCAAACCCAACACCUCAGUCUGAAGACUCAGACUUAUUCUACCAUGUCAACGAACAUGCCCGCAUCGUGGGUGGCGUUCCAGCGGAGGUCGGUAGCGUUCCUUACAUGGUGGCGAUGUCAUCUGGUCUGCUGAUCAGGAGCUUCCUCUGUGGGGGCUCCGUGAUCAGUGCGCGCUCUGUACUCACCGCUGCUCAUUGCAUCCAGGCUGCCUUCAGCGGGGGCAGCCUUGUUAGCUCUCUCCGAGUGACAGUGGGUACGAACCGCUGGAAUACCGGCGGGUCCACAUACGCGCUCCAACGCAACGUCACACACCAGAACUAUGUCCACCAGACGAUCAAGAACGACAUCGGACUCCUUAUCACCUCUGCCGACAUUCAGUUCAACGCGGUUGUUGCCCCCGUCCAGCUGAGCUUCAGCUUCGUACCUGCCGGCGUCAUCGGCAGAGCUGCUGGUUGGGGAAGGACUAGGGUGUCAGGAGGAUCUCUUUCAGCCGUGUUGCUGGAGCUUCAGACGUUGACCAUUGACGGCCAGCGUUGCGUGGAGGAGGUGCCGAGAGUGGCUGCGGCGAUCAACAUGCGCCCCGACCCGCCGCCGGUCGAACCGCACAUCGAACUGUGUACCUUCCAUUCAGCUGGACAUGGCAUGUGCAACGGUGACUCUGGCAGCGCGCUGGUCCGUGUUGAUAACGGCCAGCAGAUCGGUAUCGUGUCGUGGGGCCUUCCCUGCGCACGCGGCGCUCCCGAUAUGUUCGUACGAGUCAGCGCGUACGAGUCCUGGCUACGGCAACACGUCGUCUAACCUGAACCAUUGACAACCAUUUUGAUAAUAAAAAGUAUCUAAAU